AGUGAAGGCAUGCACACAGCGAGGCAACGUGUAGCACAGUGAACCAGUGGUGGCUGCAAUGUGAUCUGUGAGGACGGCAUGACCUCAGCGAAUGCAACGCAAUUAGACAUUCAAGAGGGCUCCGAUGGGCAAUUCUUUAACAUGUGGACAUGUAAACGUGCCUGACCUACCUAUGAAACACCUCGCAUACACACAAAGGUCUGUCAGACGACUCCUGGAUUUUACUCUGAGACAUGCCGAAACCUUUUUUCUCUACCCUUUGAUGUCGAUCUGUGAGCCAGCACCUCAAAACAGGUUUCAAUAGGAGUGCCAUCUGAGUCUUCAAGGUUCACUUUUGUGCCAGUGGUGUGGGAACUACCAACUGAGAGCAUCAUUACUGAAGAAGCGAGAUCUGGAGCUCUGACAGGAAAACCAAAUAAGAACUUUGCCGUGUCCCAUGAGGAGACAACCAGGGAGGCCAUGUCAGACAGGGGAAUUUUCAAAGCAGAGAAAGUCUUUAUCAAGGACUCUGUGGAUGGAGGAGAAGGAAACACAGGGAUGAAACUUCAAUUAAAGCCGUCGCCGGAUCACGUGAGUGUCUCUCAAACCAAAGCCUCUCCUUUGGUCAGCGCUCAGUCUGAAAAUACGCCCGACCAUGUGGCUGCCGGGACAGCCUCUAUGGAAACAGCUGUUGAUAAACACAGGGGCAUUUCCCAGCCACAGUGUCACGAUACCUCUGGACUCGCAGAGGGUAGCUCGGGUUUCUUUGCAAAUAGAGUGUCUGUGUCAGAGGACAGAACGAGCCCGACAUAUUCUGCAGACCUGUUUCCCACCCCGGCCUCUUCCAGAGAGUCCAUCCUCUCGGAGGGCUCGGACAAAGAGAAGAGCUGGUCUGCUGCACUGCCAUCCUCUGUAGCCUCUCCUGCCUCUUUCAGCCGCACUGUCUCUCCCUGCUCGUCUGUCCUCUCUGGCAUCUUCUCCCCUGCUGUCGUCCAGAUCAGGAGACACUGUCUCGCGCCUGGCUCCAGUCUGAUUCAUAUCCCUCAAAGCUGUUUCUCGUCCUGCGAAAGCCUGUCCUCCUCUGUCUGUCCCCAGUCCCCUCCUCCCCGGCACCGGCCUCCUCUCACCCGACUCUCCCUCCUCACUGCCAUCCUGAGAAAAGGCCGUCUCCCCGUUCUGUCCCCUGCUCUGCAGAGGCCUUACACCCCCUGCUGGCCUGUCAACCCCGUGACCCUGUCCUUCUGUAACGCCUGCUCAGCAGCCUCCAGCGUGGCCUCCAUUCCCCUGGAGCUUUCCUCCCAGUUCUCCUCAUCGGCGUCUAUAGAUAGUCAGAGCCACAUUCACAGGGAGCCUAAAAGAUGCGUCACUGCUCCUCCACCUGUGCAGCCAAAGGAGCUCAGCAGAGCAUGCACUCAAACUCAGUUGAAAAGGUGCUCGGAGCAGGUGCGCUCAAGCAGCACACCUCGAUGGGAGCAGGUUGUUUCACCCCCGCCGGUGAAGAGCGGCGCAUUUCCCCGAACUCCGCUCCCUCUGUUUUCCUCCAACUUCAAAUCUGUUUCUGCACCAAAGCACGAAGACUGCGAAACCUUCAAAAAACUGCAACACACGCACAUCUCCAUUUCUAAGUCCCCUGAGCUGAAGCCCAGCAACACUCACAUGCACCUUCAGGGCCACGCAGAUAACAACGUUAAACAACACACCUCCCCAUCCUCUAAACUAAUGAGCAAACAAGAGACCUCUGCACCCCAGAAAUGGAGUCACCCGCCAAAUUCAUCUCUCUCAAAGCUUCAUGCGCUUUCCCAACAACUGAGAUCUCCUCCUCAGCUUCAGCCUUCACGCUCACCCUGUGUCACAGACGCAGCAUCACCUCUGCCUCCAUCACACUACACCGCAGGAAGGUGUGAGGCGGGGAGGAGCUGCCCUGAUUCCAAACAUGCCCCGGCAUCACAGGGUUUUCACAAAGCUCACUGCCUGUCUCCUUCCCGCCACACACCCCUCGUUUUCCCUGGAUGGCCGUCACCCACCGGCUCCCCCGCGCCCUCUCCUGCUCCACCAAUCAGAGACCUCACCCCGUCCCCUUCUCUAUCGCUGCGCUCCACGCCCUCACCAAGGCCGGGGAGUGGAAUAUCAGACUGCGGUGACAGGGAGGGUAAAAAAAGAAAGACACACAAGAUCAAGUUAAGCUACAAGUCUCUCGCUGCAAUUCCCACAAACACCCUUCUGUUGGAUCAGCAGACAAUAGACGAGCAGGUAGAGAGUGAAGAGGCGCCGUGUGACAUGAGGGCCAGAGGUGUUUCAGCGGACAGAGGUGCUGCAGACACGCACGCUGAGAUGUGCUCACCCGCCCAACUCCGGCAACAGUCGGAGGAACUAUACGCAGUUAUUGAUGAGAUAUUGGCGAGCUCCACUCCACCGUCCAGGUCAUCGACUCCCAGCGCUGGUCUGCAGCAGAACAACUCUUCAUUUCCGAAAUCCUUGGGCCGUGAAACCAAAUAUGCAUCUUUAUGCAGCUUGCACCCUUCUACCGGUGUGGAAAGAAGCCAUAUGGAUCCUAGAAAGACGAAGCCUGGGGUUAUUCGCCCAAUGACGGCCAUUCCAAGACUGAGGGUGGAGGACGGAGAAGAAUUUCAUCCAAACCCCUUCAGGCAGUCUGACAUCAAGCAAACCUUAACUGACAGCAAAAAGGCAGAGGCAGGAAAAGAUUUUUAUACAAGUUCAAAAGGCCAAACGUUGAGUGAGCAGAGCAAGCCUGAAAGAAGAGCUCCGUUCUCGGUGUGUGACCUGCAGAUUACUGAGCCUGAGGACCAGAUCAGUCACCCCGUCAAAGACGCUUCAACACCUUUCAGUCCAACUGAGGGGCGGAUGGAAGCUCAUAUUUAAAGCAUCGACACUAAUUAUCUGCUAUGACACAAUCAGUACUGAAAACGACUACUCAGUUAAAGGUGGAAUGACAAGUUAAUUGGACCUUUUUUGAAUUAGUGAAUGAGUGCAUGUCCAUAAUGCAAGAGUAUUUGCAGUAAGGAUGUAAUGCCUCACAGAAAUGAUAAAAAUGACCUUUCCCUCAGCCUCUCUUAGCUACAUACACAGUUUACAAAGAUAACGAGGCAACUUUAACACUUCUUCAUUUGAGACAGAGGUGGUCAAAAGCUGACAGUCUAGCAGACAAUCAUCAAUUUUGCCUACUACCCCACAUAUGAAUCUUGUCAGCUCGGGUAUCACUGUUGAAUUAAAACUGUUUCAAUAAUGUGUAGUAAAUGUGUAAACAGCUUUUUCUCUCAGGAAACUAACUGUACAACAAGAAAUGAACAAUUGCCACAUGUGUGUAGUACGGUUACAUCAGGACCCCGUGGUCCAGUCGAGGCAGGGAGCGUCAAUUACACGCCAUCACAGCUACAGCGUAAUGAGAGACCAGAGACCACGCACUACUUUGUGGGGAAAACGUUGCACAUUUUCAAACAGGCAUUCAUAGUGCUGCAGCCGGCCGUACACAUGAAAGUGACAGAGAUAGUUGUGUAAAGGAUUUCAAAAAAAGAGAUCUUGAGAGAAGUUCAACCCCUGCUGGCUUUCUCACACUUCACAGCUGGCCAAUUAGGGCAUGUGGAGAGAUGAAAAUCUUGACAGACCUGCUGUGCCCAUUUAUGGCAGCUAAACUAUGAUUGGACAACUGCUUCUUUGAGGGACGGGUUUGGUGAACUAUCAAUUGGUGCAAAACAUCAAAGAUCAAAGAGAGAAACUUCAACUGUGAUGUGACCCUGAUUUUUUGUAAGUAAGUAUAAACUAUUUGAAUUAAGAAAGCGAAAAGGAAAAAGCUUUUGGCCUUGAAUGUGUCUUACAGGCUGUAGAAUCCACAGAUAAUCAGCUAGUGAAGGGUCAUUGUAGUAUAGCAUAAAGGUCAUGCAUGUAUGUAACUCAUUCACCUCUAAAGAAUAAUAUUUUAGUAUAAUUAAGUGAGUAAAAACUUUGAUAUGUAAUAAAAGGCUUGCCUAUCUUCCUCUAUGGUCUGAAUUUUACACCCUUCUGUUAUUAUACACGCAUAUCCAUAUCUAAAAAGACAAUUCCACGCAAAUCACAGGAGAGUCUGCUUGAUAAAAGGUAUAAAUUAUGCAACUGAACAAAAAUGGGUAUGCAGACAUCUCAUUCAUGGUUGGGACUUUUCAAAGAGCAUACAGACAGAGUUUUUAUUUGCAGAGCAGCAGUGCUUUGGGCUGGUCAUUCACACCUGAUUAGAGGCCCUCAAAGAAAAUCUCUUCAACCUGGAGAAAAAAUGGGAAUGAAAAAGGUGUAGGUGAGUGAGAGCGUCCUCAACCUGCUGUGGGCCUCACAGUGAUGCAGUGGUUCAACAGCAAAUGUGUACCCAUAAUCAAAGUCAAUUGCAUUAAUGUUGACAUUUUCCAGGGGUUUGUUGACUGAAAUCCAAAUCAAAAGUCAAUACAUCCACCCAUUGUAUGUUUCCUCCUGUUAGCAACCUGACGGCUAGCCUGCAGGUGACAGGAGCCAGUGUUAGUUUGCUAGUUAACUAACAUCAGUUGACACAAAGGCUGUCCAUAUGCAAACAUACAUCCCUGCAGUUGCUCAUGACAUGACUUUGAACUCCACAGCAUAGAGAGCUACCAUUUUGUUGGACUCUUUCAUUUGUCCGUUAGUCACAUAUGAAAGAUGUGUAGCGCUCUUAGCGUUUACAGAUAUAUGCAUAAUUCACCUUUGUACACUUGUGUUCAGUUCUGUGUUAAUUCGUAGGUUUUAAUGUUUCACUGCGCAUAAUACGUGCGGUCACUUUAAGAGUUCUGGUUAUGAUAUGUUCCGGUGAUGUUUACACAUGCAGCAUUACUGUUCAUGCGCAGCGCCAUGUUUUAACGGUGUUGAAAAAUGAAUAAAUGAGACUCACGCCUCCGAGUCGAAACGUGAGAAGUAUCCUGCAUUAUCUUUACAAACAAUGCCACUUCCACACUGGUGACCCCGAACGAAGUUUGUUUGCUGGACGUAUCCAGAUCGCCUAACCAUGACGGCCAAUGCUGUAUCUCUCAAGCUCCCCGAAUUCUGGGAAUCCUCGGCUUCUGCAUGGUUUGCUCAGACGGAAGCACAGUUUGCCUUGCGUGAGAUUACCGCCGACGACACUAAAUACUACUACGUGGU